CGGAGUUAGGGAGAGCGAGUGUUAGCUCGCAUUUUGGCCAUGGCUUUCUCACGUCACAACAUCGAAAAGCGCCGACUCAUCGAGCUAGUUCGUGUCAAUCCUAUACUCUGGGACUGCCGCCUUCCACACUACAAACGCUCCGAUAAAAAGAAGGCCCUCAAAUGGAAUGAACUGGGACGCAUGUUCAAUGUGAAUGGAGAGCGAGUGCAGCGGACAUUUACAUCCCUGCGAGAGAUCUUUCGACGGGAACUUAAUCACGAAAAGAUGCUGGGCACAUCGAGGUUCAAGUCCAAGUGGGAAUACUACGAUGCCAUGGCAUUUCUGAAGGAGGUCAUCAGGGAGCGCAAAUCUCGUGAACGUAUCAAGCACAGCUCUGUGGAAGCAGCCAGCAACAACAACAACAACAAUAAUAGCAACAACAACAACACAAACAAUACAAACAACAACAACAGCAACAAUAGUGUGGCACACGAUGAAUAUCAAUAUUUUGCGCCGAGCGAUCCGAAUAAUCCCAAUAAUCAAUUAACAAAGUCAAAUAUUGUUGCAGCCACCAUUCAACCUGCCUCAAUCCUGGCGAGCAUCGCUCAAUUGCCUGUCGGGUUGCAACAACAGGCGCAGCAUUUACAGGCGUUGCAGCUGCAACCGGAUGUGACGCUGACAUCGCUGAGUGCGCUGCAAAAGGUGACGCCUCCGAGUGCUGCAGCCGCUGCUGUGGCGCCUCCAUUGACGACUUCACCCGUGGCCCGUGGCGUGCAACUGUGCAACAGUUCGCGUUCUUGCAGCAGCUCCCCCUCCAUUUACAUCAAGGACGAGCCCGACUCGCUGGACGAGACGGAAAGUCGUUCGGUUCGAAAGUCGCAACAGAAACUUGCCACAAUUCGACCGCAGACAAAGCAGCAGUUGAAGGCGCGUCUGAAGGUGGCCAAAGUGGGCGGUGUCGCCACACCGUUGUAUGCCACUCCACCGCCACAUCUCAUCAUCAAUACAAACAACGAACUGAUCGAUGUGGAUGCCGGCGAUUUGGAUGACGACGACGAUGAUCUCGAAUAUGAGGAUGAUGAUGAUGACGACGAUGACGAUCGGGCAGCUCCGUGUCCGCCCAUUGCCGAUGUGGACAUGAUGGGCGCCGGCGGUCGACUGUCGCCGGGCAGCAGCAGCUUCACCGCCGCCGGCGUCAUUGGAACGCCGCGUCAUCAGCCAAGUCCCCGGGAGAUGCUGUACAUUAAAUUUGGUGACUUCCUUGCCGCACGACUGAAUACCCUGCAUGAAACCGCGGCCAAUGAGCUAAUGAAUAAGAUUCUGCUGCUAAUUGCAGAGAAGUAAAGCAGAAGAUCGCACGAAAUC